AUGUCUUGUACAGAGAGUCUAGGGUUGGAGAGCUUUGAUGAGAGAACAGUAGAUGAUGAUGAUAAUCAGAAUAUUGAACAUCUAAAUGAUAUUUUCUCCCUAAAGCCAACUAGAAUAGAUGGAAGAUUAGAGCUUAAUGAGGUGAAAAUUGAUCCAUCACAGAUCCUCUUUGUUUCACGUCAAGAAGGACGGUUGAGAUUGAAUCUUAUUCUCGAUCAAGAAGAAGAAGACGAGGAAAAUGAUAAUGAUAAUGAUAACGAUGAUGAAGAUGUCGUCAUAAAUGCAAUUCAAGAAAAUGAUGAAGAAACAGUAAAUGAAAAUAAAGAGAUGAAACUUCCAACAGAAUCCAACAAUCUCAGUAUUUCAUAG